GUAUCUUUUAUCGAGCUCAUGUUAUUAAUAAAAGAAAAAGCAAAAAUACAUACAUAAAGCGAAAAGUGCGAUCAUAUGUCGACCGCCAAAGUGUUUGUGGGCAGCCUGCCGCCUGGCAGCAAGCCUGAGGAGCUUCGCCAUUUAUUUACAAAUUAUGGUGUAGUUGUGGAAUGCGAUAUUAUGAACCGUUGUGGAUUUGUGCAUUUAGAGACUAUAGAGAUGGCUGAGACGGCUAUAGCUGCACUCAAUGGCGUCGAGUUUAAGGGACACAAUCUGGUCGUCGAGCCAGGCAGAGCUAAAGACAGAAGAGGCGGCGGAGGAGGUAGUAAUGGUGUUGGCCCUACCGGCAAUCGCAGACCAAUACAAGCUCAUGACGGCGGCAGUUUUAGUCGUGGAAAUAACUUCAGAGGUGGUGGCGCCGGUCACAGGGGUCGUGGAUCCGUGUCAAAUGAUAGUAAUUUUGGACCAAUGCGUAAUGAAGGCAACUUCAGACAGCAGCGUAAUGCGCCCUAUAACAAGAGUCAUUCGCAACAAAAUCAAAGCUUUGAUAAUCAUGCGUCAGGAUACAAAAACAAAUUCAACCAAGGCGCUGGUAAUGGCGGUCACAAUGAUUAUUAUGGUGGCAACUCUGCUGGCGGAUCGAACGGUCAUCCACGAGGCUCUGGGAUGGGUGGACGAGGUGCAUCAAAUAAUAGCGAUCGACGUGGCUUUGCCUUACCAGCUGUUGACUCGCAGCCACAGCAGCAACAGCAUCAGCAAUUGGGAUAUGAAGCUAAUCAAGGCCGAUUUGCAAAUGGACCUAUGGCUCCAAAUGGUAGCAGCGAUAAUGGCAUGUUUCAGCGCAAUCGUAACAAUGCUGGCAUGAACAGAGGUACACCAGGUGGACGUGGUGGUAGUGGUGGCUUUCAAGCGAAUCGUGGCGGCUUUAGUGGUCGUGGAAGUUUCAAUUCACGGCGUGGCGCUGGUGCUGGAGUCGCUAAUGGACCAAGUAAUAAUAUGCCGCAAAAUCAUGGCGGAGGUUUCAACAAACACGCUGUACCAAGUGGUCCCAAUCAUAAGGCCCCAAAUUCAUAUCAAAUGGACUUCCCGCCCCUGCCUACUGGCGGCCGAGGAGGUGGCGUUUCUGGCAACCGCGGCCGGUUUAAUGGACCUGGACCCAGGCCACAGCAUAUGGGCGGCAAUAGGAGAUUUUAAAAUGUUUUAUGUAAUUUUAAUUCAUGGACCCAUUGUAAUCAUUGAGGAUUGCUAACCAAUAGCCGAAUUUUGUUUUCCAAUAAAAGUACGCGCGACAUUUUUAGUUAAGGCGAAUAGGACAAAAACGUUUCUCAAUCAAUCAAUCGCGUUACAAUUAAGCCAAACAAUCAGCAGUAUAUUUGUUAAUUCUAAUUAGGGAUUGAUUCUAUAUAUUUAACCUAUUGACUUA